UUAGGCUCCUGGAAAAAAAGUGGAAAAGAUUUUGAGGGGAAGCUUGCCUGCGUGGCUGCGCCGACAAAUUCCCGGCGAUGACGGCGGCGCCCGCUGCUGAAGCCUGGCUGCGGCCAUCUGCAAACAUACGGGCGGCCUCGUUCACCGACACCACCAGCUCCGCUCCUACGCGGCUCUGCAUCGGACAACGCAGCGCGGAGAGAUCCUUUGCAGGGAUUCAAAUUGCACCGUCCUGUUUGAGCAGAUGCAAAAUAACCCAUGUUAAAAACGGGGAGGCUGAUGGAUAUCCAAAAACUGAGGAUAUGUUGGUUGAUGAAGAAACUCUUCAGUCUAAUUUGGACAGAGCCAUCAAGGAAGAAGAUUAUGCACGUGCUGCAAAGAUCCGGGAUGAUCUGCUUGUCCUCCAUGAGGAUACCAAAGCUUCGCUCCUUGCAGCAAAUGCGCGGUUCUAUAAUGCCUUCAAGAAUGGAGAUAUCGCUGCGAUGUACUCUAUCUGGGCUAAUGGCGACCAUGUAUAUGUUGUGCACCCUGCUGCAGGUCGGAUAUCCGGUUAUGAUGUGGUCAUGCAAAGCUGGGAGAUGGUUUGCAAUGCGGAUUAUGAGUUCCCUCUAAAUAUUGAUCUCAAGAACAUAGAGGUUCAUGUCCAUGGCAACGUCGGUUAUGUCACAUGCUUGGAGGUCGUGAAGACGAAAGGAAGAACUUGGGGAAAGCAAAUCGCCACCAACAUCUUUGAGAAGGUCGAUGGCACAUGGCUGAUAUGUGUUCACCAUGCUUCCCACAUUGAAGAAUGAAAUGCACGCACUUGGUCGACCUGGCAUGGAAAUUUUGUCACAGAGAGACAACCAUAUUCAAAUUUGAGAUUUUUUAGGAGCUCCUAUGUACUUCAUGUGUUUGUUAUUUAUACUACAUUAUACUUUCUUAGGAUUCUUUGGGUUUGAUGCUUAAGUUUUCACAAUGAAUUUUACUGUCAAUAUUUUACAUG